AUGGAUGCGGUGGUGCAGGGCAGUGGCUGUGGGGACAGACUGGACUGUGCUCUGGACCUCCUGGAGGAGUGCUCUGACUGCCACACAGAACAGACUAUGUUUGGACGCAUCGAGCUGGUGUGUGUCACAAUAAUCUACAUCCCUCUGAUGCUGCUUGGCCUUCUGGGUAAUAUCUUGACCAUCCUGGUGGUGUGUCUGCGUCCGCACAUAAGAACCUGCUCCUACUUGUACCUGAGCAGCAUGGCUGUAAGCGACCUGCUCAUCCUCCUGCUGAUGCCUCUCGAUCUCUACAAGUUGUGGAGACCCAGGCCCUGGACCUUGGGAGACCUGCUGUGUAAGCUCACCAUGUUCCUGUCAGAGUGCUGCACUUUCUGCACCAUCCUCCACAUCACCUUCCUGUCGCUGGAGAGAUACCUGGCGGUCUGCUGGCCAAUCACUGCUAAGACACUGGUCACUCGAAGGCGCACCAAGAUCGUAAUUGGCUGUCUGUGGCUGGGGGCCGCCCUCAGUGCUGCACCCGUGUUGGUCAUGGUGGGCGUAGAAGAGUUUGCAGCCUCCUCUGGGCUUCUGUCAGCCAUGAUGAUCCUCUCCAACCUCUACUUCCUGGUUCCCUUCUGCAUCCUGGGACUAGUCUACAGCCUGAUUGGACGAACACUUUGGCUGCGUCCAAAAAGCAACCGCAAAGACCAGAGCAACAAGAGCACAGUCAAAAUGCUGGGGGUGAUUGUACUGGCAUUUGUGCUGUGCUGGCUCCCCUUCCACGUGGGACGGACCAUCUUCUCUCUGUCCCUUGGGUCUGCUGCCUCUGAGCCGAGUGGAGAGGGAGGUGCUGAGUGGGACCCUGCGGUGUUCAAUCUGAGCACAGACACGGCCCCCACACAGCACAACUCUACUCACAUGAUGCACCCAGACCCUCACAUGUACUUCCUGUAUUACCUGUCGCAGUAUUUUAACCUGGUGUCCUCAGUGCUCUUCUACCUCAGCGCGGCCAUUAACCCCUUACUGUACAACCUGAUGUCCCGCAGCUACAGGCUGGCUGUGCGGAGCCUCCUGCAGCCGCAGUCGCCCUCUCAUGUCCCCCGGGCACGCGCCUUCACCAUCCAACAGUCCUCCACCACUGUCUGA